UAAAGAAUGACAGCAUGAAGACAGCAAACACCAUGGUGGUGGUUAAUGUGGCAGAUGUGAACGAGCCUCCAGUGUUCCAUGCUGUAGCGUACUCACGCGUGAUCUCCAAUGAGAUGCCACCUGGCUAUCCUGUUGUGAAAGUCGAGGCCACAGACCCUGAUGUGGGGGACAAAUUGAGUUACUCCCUGGUGGAGCCCAGUUCCAUGUUUGCUGUAGAGCCCUCUAGUGGCCAGGUGUAUGUAGUGUCAGUAGCUGGUGAGAGUGGGAAGGUGAACCUGCAGGUGAAGGUAGAAGACCAGCAGGGACUCUACGACACAGCAAAAGUAGAGGUGACUAUCGAAGACGUCAGCAACUCUGUGACUAUUUCCCUGAACCAGCCUCAGGAUGUGGUGAUGGACAAGGUUAUGGAGAUGAAAGAGGCACUCCAGAGAGCACUUGGAUUGGAUGUGGAGAUCCUUACUGUGACUGAAGGGAGUAAUGGAGAGACACUUCUCAUGCUAAUCGCCAGGGAAACAAGUGGCAACAUACUUCCAGCUGAGGACCUCAAAAAUGAAUUGAUUAAUGGAAAGGAGAAGGUACAGACAGAGCUGGCAGUGGUCUUUGGGCCUGACGUGGACUUUGACUUUGACGUUAUUGAAAAGGAUUCGGACAUGACCAUGACUAUUGUCCUUGCAACAGUGAUACCUGUGAUUGGCAUCGCUUUGAUAAUAGCAGCAGUUUGGGCAAUACGAAGACAGAGAAGGCAUAAAGCUGAACGAAGGAAAAGUGACAUUUCACUUGACGUCAGGGAUCAUCAUUAAACUGCCUGAACUACAAUGGGCGUAAACUGAUUAUGGAUAAACAGUAUACUGCACUAUGCCUGCACUGAAAAAAAACCCACUGGAUUUAUCUUUUGCCAAUUGAUUCAUGCUGUGAUUACCCAAUUUGAGCAAGUAAUUCCAAUUAAAUUGUUUAAGCAAAUUUACAUGAAAUAUUCAU